AAAAACAGUCUCUUCCCAAAGGGUGCGUUUCAUUCUUAGGACUAUAACAGACGAACACGUCUCUUCCCAAAGGUCUCAAGAACACCUAUAUUAGGAGACCCAAGGAAGAUCGUUUAAUCCAUCAAAAUCCGCUUGUAUCCUUAGAGAAUCUAACGUCAUGGCUUCAUCAUCUUCUACGGCACCAUCAACGUUCGGUUUCUCCUCAACCGAUAAAAAACAGUCGUACGUUUCAUUCUUACGACUAUAACGGCCGGACACGUCUCUUCCCAAAGGUCUCAAGAACACCUAUAUUAGGAGACCCAAGGAAGAUCGUUUAAUCCAUCAAAAUCCGCUUGUAUCCUUAGAGAAUCUAACAUCAUGGCUUCAUCAUCUUCUACGGCACCAUCAACGUUCGGUUUCUCCUCAACCGGUUAGUGUUCUUAUGAGCUUAAUUCUUUGAAUUUUAUCAUAUUUGUGAGAUUAGAUCCUUAAUUGGGACUCAUUAUUCAACAUAGAAGACCUCAUGCCGCCACUCCUCUUCAUUAGUUUUGCUUAAAUAUGCAACAUAUCGAGUUUUUAGACUAAUCUGUAUCAUUAAAAAAAAGUAAGUCUAUUAUUCACUAUUUACAUUUUAAAAUAUCUUUAUUAUGCAUCUUAUUUAAAGUAUAGGGUGCAGUUUUAAUGAGAAAAAUGUUUAAAGUCAAAAUGUGAGAACCCACACAUUUAACCCAAUCAAAACCAAUAUUAACUAAUCAUGAUCACAUUUUGGUAACUAUUAUAUUUAACACGAAAAAUGUAAUGAAUGUGUUGGAGGUAUUGGUCCUACCAAGGCCUCCCUUCCACUUAUUAUGUUAAGGCCUGCACCCUAUGUUUAUUCCUACUUCCUACACUGUUACUUAUCUAGCUAGCCUGGCUUUUCCUAUCCGUUGCCAACUCUUAUUGACUUGGUAUUAUUUGUCUCUUGGCCUCCUGACUUUUGCUAGCCUGUCUCGAGCCCCACCUUUGUUUGUCUUUGACACCCAUGAGCAAAUAAUAGCCUACUAUAAUUGAGUGCUCCUCUUCCCUUUUUGAGAGAUACGGUGAGUUCAAUACAGUGAGCUCCUCUUCCUUCCUUUGUGUGGAGUUAGAGUGUGAGGGAGUGGUAAACAAGGUGAGUGGAGUGGCUAAACAAUCCUGGGGUGGUGUGUGUGAGUUGUUUUGGUUGGAGACCUGAGCUGAAAUACACACCCAAUAGUGGUAUCAGAGCUAGGGUUGCUGUCGCCGUCGAGUUCGCCGGAUUCCGCCGUCUACCACCGCCAGCCGCCGUCCACCGCCGUCGGCCGCCGUCCACCGCCGUCGGCCGCCGUCCACCGCCGAUUCAAGGUCUGGGAAGUCGUGACCGUCGAUUCAACGUCCAUGGAGGUGUCCUGGAGCAUCGCCGCUGCCUGAACCUCCACUUGCCGUCGCAGGUACAUAGCUCGCCCAAAGUCGCCGGGCUUGAGCUGGAUCUGGACGGGAGCUACCGAAGCUGGAGCUUGAAGCUAUCUCCCUGGACGCUGCUACAAAAAUCGCUGGAGCAGAGGAAGACUCCUGGACGAAGCUGGUGGGGAAAUAGGAGCCCAUCCCGUUCGUAGAGCUGAAUCCGCCAUUGACGCUGGAAGCUAGCCGCAUCAGAAAUUUGCUCGCCGGAAUCAGCCACCGAAGUCGCCGGUCGCUUGGGUGCUCGUCGGUCGUCACAGGUUGCGGUCGCAGUGAAGAGCAUCGGUCGUCGUUUGGUUUGCCUUCUAGAGCCGCCGCCUGGGAGCUGUCCAUUUUCCGUUCGUCGUUGGUCCAUAAGAGCUGCCGCCUGGGAGCUCGUUCAUGGAACUCAAGUCUGGAGCGGAGCAAGACAAUCCAAUCGCGUAAUAAAAACGCGGAGUUCUAGAGUGGAGCUGGUUUUUUUAGGCUGGAGGUGUUUUCUUUGUUUGGGCUGGCCUACUGGGCUACUGCUGCAUUUGGACUAGACUUGAACUCACUUUGUGCUGGAGCAGAACGUGCAGGAGCACAGGAGGUAGAAGUUGCGAAGGACUUCAUGCAGGAUCUCUUGGUGAAAUUGGUCAAAAUCGGCCAACACAAGUCAACAGUCCAAAAAAUCCCAAAUUUAAUUGGGUGGGUAAGGUCGAAACGCCUCUCCUAGGGUUUCGCUCCGGUAUAUUUACUUUUAUCCCUUUUAUCGCUUUUGUAGUGAUUUUAAUCUUUUAUUGUGUAGAAAUCUGUUGUAGGUUUAUUACUGCUUUUAAAAUUGUUUGAAUUGUUGUGUUGUUUUGUGCUGAAAAUUUAUUAUUUAUUUGUGCUUAUACGGAAGAACAAGGGGUUUGAAGUUGAGUUUGGUGCUCAUUAAUACUCCCCACGUGUUCGUGCUAGUUGCUCCGUAUAGUUGUAGCCUUAUAAAUAUUUAAAUUGUUUUCAGCUAAAUUUACAUUUUAUUUUGUUGCUUGUUUUUCUAUGUGAAAAUGUCUGCUUAUAAUCAGUAUGGUAUGGCUCCAUUUAAUGGAAAAUCUGAUUUUAGCAUUUGGAAGCAAAAAAUUAAAUGUAUUUUAAUACAACAAAAAUGUUUUAAAGCAGUUGGCGAAACCUAUUUAAUUUCUGACACGGAAGAGAAAAGGGCUGAAAUGAAUGAAAAUGCAUGUUCUGUGAUUUAUUUGAACUUAUCUGACUCUGUGAUUAGAAAAGUUGGAAUUUUAGAGAGUGCUAAAAUUCUGUGGGAUAAAUUGAAUGAACUGUAUACUGAGACCUCUUUGCCUAACCGGAUAUUUUUACUUGAGAAAUUCUUCAAAUUUAGACUGGAUAUAUCUAUAGAUAUUGAAGAAAAUCUAGAUGUUUUUACCAAACUUAUUUCAGAUAUUAAGUUGUGUGGUGAUAAACAUAUAGAUGAUUAUUCCCCUAUUGCUCUUUUAAAUGCUAUUCC